GGGAGGUCUUAAUUCUUAAACCUUACUCUUGUGAUUCUCGAGCCGCUUCAAGGAGCUUCGUGCUUGUCAACAAAUUUUCCAAGCGCCCGCUGAACUAAAAAAGAUGAGUUCUGAUCUGAAGAGAAAGCCGAAGAAGAAGAUAACUCCUAAACCUGUUCAAUUAAACCCUAAUUGGUCACUCCUCCAACAAAAACUGAAAUCUGAUUCUCAUGGCAACACUCGAAAAUCUUCAAACCCAGAAAAUCCCAGCUCCAUAUUAGGGAAGCGAAAGGAGAGACCCGAUUCGGAGGUUGAUGUUCCUAAGAUUAAUCCCUUAGCUCCGGUUAACGACGAUUCCAGUUUGACAGAUGAAGUGGCUAUGGACUGUGAAAUGGUUGGUGUCAGUCAAGGAACCAAAAGUGCCCUUGGACGAGUUACCUUGGUAAAUAAAUGGGGAAAUGUUCUAUAUGAUGAGUUUGUCCGUCCAGUGGAACAUGUUGUUGACUUUCGUACUUCUAUUAGCGGGAUUCGACCUCGAGAUUUGAGAAAGGCCAAAGAUUUCCGCGUUGCUCAAACCAAAGUAGCAGAGUUGAUAAAGGGAAAGAUUCUCGUGGGACACGCCUUGCAUAAUGAUCUCAAGGCUUUGCUGCUAACUCACCCGAAAAAGGACAUAAGGGACACAGGAGAAUAUCAGCCCUUUCUCAAGGGCAAAACAAGAAAGUCUCUGAAACAUCUCGCAUCUGAAAUUCUAGGGGCUGACAUUCAAAAUGGAGAGCACUGCCCUAUUGAUGAUGCAAGAGCUGCGAUGAUGCUUUACCAAAAGAACAGAAAAGAGUGGGAGAAAACUGUGAAAGACCAGACACGGAUGUGGCUGAAACAAAAGAAGCGUAAGCCUAAGAAGAAAGCUAAAUAUGGGAACAACGCUUCCACCAAUGACAAUCCAAUUGUUUGAAUCAAUCAGCGAGAGCAAACCUGACUAAACAGAAAACCAAGAAUCGCUGAAAAGUUUUGGUCGUUUUUCCUUUCUUUUUGAUUGUUCUCAGCAUCAGGCGCUGCAUCCAAAUGUACUAUCGUCUAUUACAAUGUUAUACCAGAUUAGAUCAUGUAUUAUUGUUAAACAAAAAAUAUACAUUUUUGGAGGUUCCGAAAUUAAGCUAAUCGUUCUUGAGUUCAGUUUUGUCCAAUUACGGU